CCUGCGGAGAAACACUGCAGGAUUCUACAGGCAACUUUUCUUCUCCAGGAUUUCCAAAUGGUUAUCCUUCCUACACACACUGCAUAUGGAGAGUCUCUGUGACCCCAGGGGAGAAGAUUGUUUUAAACUUCACCACCAUGGACCUUUACAAGAGCAGUCUCUGUUGGUACGAUUAUAUUGAAGUGAGGGAUGGCUACUGGAGAAAAUCACCUCUGCUUGGCAGGUUUUGUGGUGACAAACUGCCAGAAGUCCUUGCAUCCUCUGACAGCAGGAUGUGGAUCGAGUUCCGCAGCAGCAGCAACUGGGUUGGGAAAGGUUUUGCAGCAAUUUAUGAAGCUAUCUGUGGAGGUGAAAUCCACAAAAAUGAAGGCCAGAUCCAGUCUCCCAAUUAUCCUGAUGACUACAGACCAAUGAAGGAAUGUGUGUGGAAAAUAACAGUGUCAGAAAACUACAAUGUAGGAUUAACCUUUCAGGCAUUUGAGAUUGAAAGACAUGAUAACUGUGCAUAUGACUACUUGGAAAUUCGAGAUGGAGCGAAUGAGAACAGUCCUUUAAUUGGUCACUUUUGUGGCUAUGACAAGCCAGAAGACAUUAGAUCUACCUCUAAUACCUUGUGGAUGAAGUUUGUUUCUGACGGAACUGUUAACAAAGCAGGGUUUGCAGCUAACUUUUUUAAAGAGGAAGAUGAAUGUGCCAAACCUGACAAUGGUGGCUGUGAGCAGCGCUGUGUAAAUACUCUGGGCAGUUACCAGUGCGCCUGUGAUCCUGGCUAUGAACUUGGUCCUGACAAAAAGAGUUGUGAAGCUGCUUGCGGAGGACUCCUGACAAAGUUAAAUGGGACUAUAACCACACCAGGGUGGCCCAAAGAGUAUCCUCCAAACAAAAACUGUGUGUGGCAGGUGGUUGCCCCGACACAAUACCGAAUUUCAAUGAAGUUUGAGUUUUUUGAGUUAGAAGGGAACGAAGUUUGCAAAUAUGAUUAUGUAGAGAUUCGUAGUGGCCUUUCUUCUGAUUCUAAACUACAUGGUAAAUUCUGCGGUACAGAAGUGCCUGAAGUUAUCACCUCUCAGUACAACAACAUGAGGAUUGAGUUCAGGUCGGACAACACUGUGUCAAAAAAGGGCUUCAAGGCACACUUCUUCUCAGACAAGGAUGAGUGUUCAAAGGACAACGGUGGCUGCCAGCAUGAGUGCAUCAACACAGUAGGAAGCUACGUUUGCCAGUGCCGAAAUGGAUUUGUGCUACAUGAAAAUAAACAUGACUGCAAGGAGGCUGAGUGUGAACAGAAGAUCCACAGUCCCAAUGGUAUCAUCACAAGUCCCAAUUGGCCCGACAAGUAUCCCAGCAGAAAGGAGUGCACGUGGGAAAUCAGUGCCACCCCCGGGCAGAGGGUCAAAUUGACUUUCAACGAAUUUGAGAUAGAACAACAUCAAGAAUGUGCUUACGACCACUUGGAAGUGUUUGAUGGUGAAAGUGAAAAAUCUCCAAUUCUGGGACGCUUGUGUGGCAACAAGAUACCAGAUCCUCUUAUUGCUACUGGGAACAAAAUGUUUCUCCGCUUUAUUUCUGAUGCAUCAGUUCAAAGAAAAGGCUUCCAAGCAACGCACUCUACAG